GAUAUAAGAGCAGUUUGUUCGAGGUUCUGGUGCUGUUGUUUGUUGUUGUUAGUGUUGAUAGAAUCUGCGCCAAUUUGUUGAUAAUAAUGGCUGAUCAAGAAUUAUCUGGAGAGAAAACAUUUGCCGAAAAACAAGCUGAGAGAAUGCAACGGCUGAAGAACCUACACAACAAAAGGAAUGAAGCGAGAACUCAAAAUCAUAAGGAAGUUGUUGAAGAGGAUAAGAGAAUGAAACUACCAACUAAUUGGGAAGCCAGGAAACGGCAGGCUGAGUGGAUUCUGAGUGAUGAGACUGCCAGGAAAGAGGCAGAAGAGAAGGGCCUGGACUAUGAUCGACAAAAACUUCUUCACAUUGAUGCACUAGAGGCAGCAAGACUCGAACGUAAAAAGAAACGAAAAAAUCCAGACUCAGGUUUUGCUGAUUACGAGCAGGCAACGAUAAGACAGUACAAUCGUUUGGUAAAAGGAAUAAAACCGAAUAUGGAAUCAUAUGAAGCUGCUAAAGAAAAGCUGGGACCAGCAUUUUAUGGAGACAGGAAUACGAUUCUUCAAGGACUGCACGAGGAUAAAAAAGAAGCUGUGGACAAGAUGGUGGACGAUUUGGAAAAACAGAUCGCUAAGCGGGAGAAGUACAGUAGACGACGAACCCAUAAUGAUGAUGCAGAUAUUGAUUACAUCAAUGAACGCAAUGCCAAAUUUAAUAAUAAAUUGGAGCGAUUUUAUGGCGAACAUACGAGAGAAACGAAGCUUAAUUUGGAAAGAGGCACGGCGAUAUAAUAUAUUUUAUUUCGGAAAUUUGGUUUUAUUACUCGGCGAUGACGUAAUAUCAUUGCAGUAUUGUCAAAGUACAAUUAAACAUAUAUGAUGUAUAUGUUGUUGAAUGUAGCCUUUAGUGUUUGUGGAUACAUUUCGACAUUAUAUCAAGGCCGUUUCUAUGGAUAUAUUUGGGAUACAAGUUUCGGAGAUGUAUAUUAGUUCAAUAAAAGUAAAUAAAUAUAUCUUCAAAAAA